AUGACAACGGAGCAUAUUGUUAGAGAUGUAACGGACAUCUACAUCAGAUUGUUCAAUCACCGCGCUGCACUGCAGGGGCUGACUAACAAUUUUGUCAAGGAGUUUGAGGAAAAGAGAGGAGAUCGUGAGAUGCCAGCACUGACCCAAACUUUUGAACUGGUCAUAGAGAGCAGAGACAAAACCUGGCCAUCUUUAACAGAACAGCUGGACUCUCACCUGGUACAACUGAAGGACUCAGUGGAUAAAGCCAAGAACCAGUGUCACCAGAUUCUACAGGACGUAGAACAGAAGACGGACUGGCUGGAGUCACAGAGAACUUCCAGAGAACAGAAGUGGGCAGAGUUCAUGGCAGGCCAGGUCAUUCGCAGCAGCAACGUUGAUGAAGAGUUUAAAAACAAGGUAGACAGUCUGCACAAGCAUUAUGCCGAACUGGAGGAGAAACUCCGAGAAGGCACGACCUCAGUUCUGUAA